AUGUCUUCGAGCGCCUUCUGCUCUCACUGCAUCGAGCUCAACGAGCUCCCCGGCAAGCCGACCGGCCAUGAGACUGAGGUCGUCGGGGUCAGCUCUUACGUGGCUAAGGGUAGCAAGAGGGGCACGAUUGUCAUCGCAACUGACAUUUUUGGCCUUGGUAUCCCCAACCCGAUGAUCAUCGCCGAUAACUAUGCCAAGGAGUCCGGCUUUACGACUAUCGUCCCAGACCUUUUCAAAAAGGACCCGAUCUCGCCGAGCGACUUUCAACUGAAGAAGCACACCAACGAUUCGGACCCCAAGCCCGCCGAGGAGAACUUCGCCAACUUUGGAAAGUGGCUCGAGAGGGGCCAUGGUGUAGAAGACACUUACCCCACCUUCAAAAAGGUGGUGGAGGCGCAGGCGAAGGAAGGUCCAGUUGCUGUGAUCGGAUACUGCUACGGCGGAAAGCUCUCCAGCUUUGCAGCGCAAGAUGCUAUUGUUAAGGGUGCCGUUAUCAAUCACCCGGCCAUGCUGGAGAAAGGCGAGGCGUCGAAGAUCAAGACGCCAAUCCUGCUCAUCACAUCUGAGACGGACCCUAUAUUCUCAGAGGAUGUCAAGAACGACUGGACCGACACACUUAAUAAGGCUGGUCUGCUUGAUUCCAAUAGCCAGACAUACUCUGGUGCUGUCCAUGGCCACGCUUGCAGGCCAGACUUGACCAAGCCUGACAUCAAGCACGCUUACGAGGACAGUUUUAAAAACUCUGUCACAUUCUUCAACCGCGUGCUUGCUUGA